CCACAUUCUGAUCAGAUUUGAGAAAGAAUAGAGAUCCAUAGAAAUGGAAGCAAAACCACCGGAGGAGGCGAUGUCGCCGGAAAGCGGAAGAGAAGCUCGUCGGAAAAGAAUCUUAGGUAGAGAAGCCGAUCGAUUGGCCCUCAUCACCGGCCGAAUUUCAAAUCUAUCUCCCAAUUCUCCAUAUUCAUCUCCCCGAUCCUUACAUUCUCACACGCAAUCCUCCCCUGCUUCCUUCUUCGAACAACAACAAUUCCAAUCGCAUCUCCAUCAAGGUAAUAAUAAUAAUAAUAAAGUGGAAUCUGAACUCCGAAAAUGUGGCACGACUCUGAAAUCCAAACGAAACCCAUUUGAAGAAGAUGAAGAAAGAGAUGAAAAUCAACCAUUACUAUCUCCUGAGAAAGUACCUAAACAAUCAUCAAUUGAUGCGAAUCUUCAUUCAAGCAUGAAUUACUUUGGUAGUUUUACAUUCAAAGAAAUAAAUGCAUCUAUAAUAGAAUCUGAGAAUACUCGAGUUAUCACUUCUGUUGCAAUAGCUGUUCUUAUAGUAUUCUCCAACAUCAAUCUUCCUCGUCAUGUUGUGGUCAGAUCGAGAAGCACCAUUGCUUCAAAGCCUCUUUAUAUCUUAAUGCUGAUUGAUGUAACUAUUAUUCUGAUACAAUUGUUGGAGAAACAAAGGAGAGGACAUGAAGAGGUUGAAGAUAAGAAAAAGGUUUCACAGGAACAUGAAAAUUUGGAUGGUGCUUUGAGGAUUUUGGAGAUGGGUCUUGUCUUGUAUCAGACUGUAAGAGGAUUGUUCAUAGAUUGCAGUUUCUAUUUGGUCAUUGUCAUUUGUGGCCUUUCUUUAAUCUAACAUUUCAUCUUUUAUCGUACGAUGAUUCUUUCUUUUGAAUUUAGAAAGUUAACACGAAUACACCACCUUAUUUGUUUGUUCAUUGUUUUCUUUCUGAUUGAUUUAAAAUUUCUUUUGUUCUUGUUAUACUCUUGUACUUGAAUGAAGAACUUUGUAUAAAAUAGCUUGUGGCUACUA